AUGGUUCCUCCAACAAGCACCACCGAGGAGCUUCGAGGCUUCUGGAAAGUCGCCAAUGGCUGGAAAGCACCUUCAUCUGAAGGAAGGGUGUACUGCUUGAAGAUGACGAGCGAAAAGGACGCUCCCAUUUACACACUAUCGUCUGCCACACAGUCAUUUUACAGCCUUAGACUGGACCCAACAUCCGCGUCCGCAUAUGUCACCAUGUCUCGACAUGAUCCCAACAAGCCUUUCAAGGGACCGGCAAACCCAGCUCCCAGCAGCAGCUCCGCGUCGGUGAGCGGCAAGACCGAUUCUUCGAAGGGCUGGCAAGAGUGUCUCAACACCACCCUGGAGGAGGAAUCCCGCAAACACCCGCCAAACGACGGGCUCGUUGCCCUACUUUACCCACAGGCCGCCGCGAAGAUGGCGUUGGAAAGGCCUGAUGACCCCACGGCUGUCAUGACCGCCGAGCGGGAAUGUGCGCGGUUAGUCUGGGAUGAGGACACCAGCAACCACUACGUUGUCCAUCCCGCUCUGGCAAUGCCAUUCUGUGUCACUGUCGAGCGCAAUCCCGCCUGGUCUCGAACGGAAUAUACCCUCGAGCACAUUGAGUCGCCGCAGCACGUAGCCCGCCUAACCCGUGACGGAACCGGCACGGGCUGGCUCGAGGUCGACACCAGUAUCGCGGCCAAGAUCGAUGCCGUCUACCUCGUGGACGUGGCAGUCGCUGCUCUCAUGCUAGUAGCGCACGGCGACCACCAGUUCACAAACGUCGAGGUGUUCGAGCCGCCGCCGAUGGUCUUCGGCGCACCUCCCGGCAGCGUGACCUCCAAGCACGACAAGCGCUCGAGCAAGAUGAGCGCGCGCUCGGAGCGCAAGGAGAAGAAGGCGGCGAGCAAGCGCAGCAAGAGCCGGAUGGAGGAGUUUGAGCUGGAUCUCGAGAGCCAGCACUCCGACCUGGCCAAGCUGGACGUGAAGGACAAGGACAUGGACAAGCUUCCCGGCGUGGCACGCAUCAUCAUCAAGACGCUGAGCGUGACGUUCAAGUGCUUCAUCUGGGCGGCGACUCUCCUGUUCAAGGCCCUGACGUGGAUGAUUGCUGGCGCGGCGCGGUGUUUGACUUCUGAUAAGCUAUAA